GGGAGUCAGGGUGGGGAGUAUUAAAGAGCCCUGAGAAGCCAGAGCCCCCCAGAGCUCUCAGCAGGUCCCAGGAUCAGCGGGAAAAAGAAGAAACCAAAAGUGCCGAGAAUCCGCAGAAAUCAUGAGGAUGGACAAGCUGGAAGAGGAAUAUGACCACAGCCCCAGCAGGAAGAGAAAUUUCACCGGGAGGAUGAUCAGUGACAGGAAGACCUCUCUGUUUCUCUGGACCAUGCUGGGUCUCGGAGUUUCUCUGGUCCUGCUCAUUCUGAUAGUGGGAGCAGUACAGAUUUCAGCCACGAUGUUGCAGACACAGAAGGGGUUUGAGUCGAUGACCAGAGACUCUCAGAUACAAUCAAACUUAACUGCACAGUUGGAGAUGCACCAAAGUAACUUCGUGGGUGAACUGUCUAAGGUGAAAGACAUGGUUUCAGCCACGAUGUUGCAGACACAGAAGAUGGGGUUUGAGUCGAUGACCAGAGACUCUCAGAUACAAUCAAACUUAACUGCACAGUUGGAGAUGCACCAAAGUAACUUCGUGGGUGAACUGUCUAAGGUGAAAGACAUGGUUUCAGCCAUUUCCACACAGAUGAAACAGAUCAACGUUGAUUUAAUGGAGGAAGUUUCUCAUAUCAGAAACGUCAGCGCACAGUUGAAAAGACACCAGAAUAACCUCAUGGAUGUUAUGUCUGAGAUGAAAGACGCAGGAUUGAUAAAGCAGCUGUGCCCCAAGGCCUGGCUGAAUUUCAAUAAAAAGUGUUAUUAUUUCCUAAACAAUUCGCUUACCUGGGAAAACGCAAAGGACACUUGUUCUGGGAAGCAGGCACACCUCGUCGUAAUCAACAAUAUCGCUGAACAGCUAUUUUUAAGCUUAGGCAACUCCCGUGAAAACUGGAUCGGGCUGAGUGACAUUGAAAAGGAAGGUCAAUGGCAAUGGGUCGACGGCACAAGUUACGAGUUGACACCCAAGCACUGGAAAGCUGGAGAACCCAACGAUAGCAACAAUGCCGAAGACUGCGCUUGCCUCGCAACCACAGGCAAAUGGAAUGACAUUCCCUGUCACUUGAAGAAGACCGCGAUCUGCGAGAGGAACGAAUGGGUCGCUGAGCAGUGAUCUGAAAAUGGAAAUGAACCAAAAUGAUCUCCUCUGAGAACAUUGCCUGCUGAGAUCUCUCUGUACAAUAAACACAAUAAUCACAUUUGUGAAGCGCCUUAAGCAUCGGGAGGAUGGACCUCCCAAGGUAUGAUAGCUUUAUAACAGUAAUGCUAAAUAAAACUCCCAAUAGUCAGAUACCACACCACCUGUCUCUCUCUCUCUCCCUUUCUCUGUGGUCUCUCACUCUAUCUCUCUCUGCAUGUGAAGGUCUCCCCACCUCUCUCUCCCUCUCCCUCUAGGGAUUAAGCAGCUGAUGUAAACAGGAGUAAGCCUGAUACCCGGCAUUGGACUUGGACUUGAGAACAUUAAGGUGGCUGCACGUCACAAGCUGUCCUGUAAAGGUCCUCCCUCCCCCCACACUGAAGGCAAUGCCCCCCAGAUAGCUGAUGCUUCCCUCCAGAGAGAGAAAGAGAGCAUAUUCCAUUUUGACAAUCUACUUUUGGGAUUUCCAUGUGUAAGUGGGAUGCAAAACGCUGAGAAAGUUUCCUUACUCCACAUCCCUCUGUUUACCUAGCAGUAAAUAGGAACCCGGUUGUAAGUCGAUUGGCAGAUUGCUUUUCCGGUGGUAA